CUUUUAUCGCCAAGGAUUUUCGAGCUUGUUCAAGCUUAGCCGGACUACACAGUACAUGUGCUUGUAAGAGCUGGUGAAAUUGCUAGUCGAGCCACAAUAUACAGUGUCGCCGCGCAGCCAGGGGACAACAGAAGCAUAAAGAAACAGGGAACACACAGACUCAAACUGCAGGCCUAGAUUACCGCCGUCCAUCGGCACCCCGGUCGUCUCUCUUCUUCUUCUUCAAAACCAACAUCUAUGCGAACAUAACUCGAAUGAGCCGCUCGCGGGAAUCGUCCCGGAUGGUGGACAGUUGGUUGGGACUGCCACAAUGCUGAGCACUUCUGCAACAUCGAACCAGAAGGCACUUGCGCCACAGCCAACAGCGUCGAUCAAUUCCUCAGUCGCGACGGGGCGCCCCAGCUUAGAACGAGAUGGACUGCAACCUCCAGGAACCGCAAAUGGGGCAAAGGGAUCGUUCGCGCCCAGGGCCGCCUCGCUCAAUCCUUCGCCCGCUCCUGGCAGCUUCAGCUCCGAGCUGCGGAGCCAGAUGGCGGCACCAAGAAGCGGUUCACGCGCCGACACAUACAAUUUGGAGAAGCUAGAUGAAGAAGAGCUAUCGCUAGCUGAGCAAAACAUAAACCAUCUGAAGGAUGCGCUGAGCCGUGAAAUGAAGAUUCGGGAGGGGAGCGAGAACAUGUUGGAAGCCCUCAAUGUCAAGAAGGCCAAGCAAACCAAGGACCAGAGGCAACGCAUUGAAAUCGAAUUGAACACUUCAAACAAGAAAAUCAAGGAGCUCAGGCAGAGAAUUGACGAUGCACAAAGGAUCAAAGCAACUCCAGCUACUCCCACGCGGAAUCGCACUGAAGGACUGCUAUCGAACAGCGGCAUUCGAUCACCACAAAGUGCGUCAAGGAGUGGUGCUGGGUCCGACUUGGAUGAGCCGGCAGAGCAGUCUCCGACAUUCGCGCUUGCAGAGAUCCUGCAGGCUUUGGAGCAAGAAGGGCUGACGGCCGAGUACUACGUCGGCCGCGCCAACAAUCUAGUCGACCUCUUCAAGAAACACCCCACACUCAAGUAUGACUUGGUAUGGUCUAUCUUUGGCGAGCGGAUGCAGAUGAUGCUUUUGAGCGAUAGCCGAGAAGUGGUAGCUGCUGGUUAUCGCAUGGUUCGAUAUGCCAUCUCGGACAUCUCGUCUUUGAAGAAGAUCCGAAGCCUCAACACAGACUACAUGGUCGUUGUCUCCUUGGCCAAGGAUCGGAAGGCUGAUGUCGAACGUGAGCAAGCACUCAAAUUCGUCCGCGUCUUCCUCGAUGUCAAAGAUGGAGUACGAGAGAUAUCAAGGGCUGUUGUUAGAACCAUCGUAGCUGUCGCCGAGCAUGCAGAGGACCGUUUGCGCCCAAUAUGCAUAGAGACUCUUGCCGAGAUUCUCCUCAGAGAUCCCGCUUUGCUUACUUCUUGCGGUGGUCUAGCACCCUUAUCUGAGGCACUUGCUGAAGGGACUUAUAAGUCUCCAGAGUCGUUGGUGUCUGCAUUCCUGUUCCUGCUAAAUUCUCCCAAUUCUCGAAAGUAUCUGCGGGCAGGGUACGAUUUGGAGGUCAUGUUCACUGCCUUUACAGAUGUACUGUUCUCCUACGAGGGUGUCGUGAAACAGAACUCGAAAGCUGUUUCGACGGCUCUCAAGUCAUGGUCAGGGCUUAUGUCUUUGUCCAUGUUCGAUCUCAGGGCUAUCAGAGCUCUAAUAUCUAGCUUGUUGUUGCCCAAUACUGCUAUUCGGGAAACCGUGAUAGACUUGCUCUUCUCGUUGUUACGCAUAAAACCGCCUGCUUGGGCGACAACUUUCCUCGCUGGGAGGCGACUGACGACUUACGGAAGAGUUGCCAGCUUGAAGUCAACCACAUCAUCUAAGGGUAGUACAACUUACGAUGAGGAAAAUGCUGAACAGAACUUCGUCGAACAUUAUACAUCCUUGCUGCUGGCCAUCUUCGUCAAGGCAGGCUUACUGCAGAGCCUUCUUGUUAUCGCGCAAGAACCGGAGGUCUCCAUACUGAAACGCAAAGCGACGUUACUCAUCGGCGAAGUUCUCAAGCUUGCUGGUCGGCUACUUCCCCAGGCAUGGAGCAGCCAACUACAAUUACUCCCGGAGCUCUUCUCUUCCGCCGUGGAAUUUAAAGACAACACCAGGUUCAACGCUACAGGUGUCGUCUACCAGAUUAGCAGCGUCAGUCGGACAUUGUUUCGAUCCUCGCCGUCAGGUCUCGGUCUGCCUUCUAGUGCCAGUCUUGACCAACUGGGCUCAGUAGAAGAAACACCCAAGAAUAAUGCUUCGAUGAACACGGAUGAUGCGACAUUUCGCCAGCUUCUCAUCGACUCGGGCGUUCUUGGAAGCUCGAACCCAUUGAAAUGGAAUUGGGACAUUGUUCUAAGAAUCAUUGAAGGACCACUAACCAACGGAAAGAGAUUGGAGGAAGCGAUCAAAGCUUCAAAGUUCGUGAAAAGAAUCAUGAGCUUUUAUCGUCCCUUCAAGUAUCGCUUCUCAGGUACAAAAAGUCAUCGAAACUCGCAGAAAUACAUCAGGGUGGGUUGUGCUUUGAUGCACACGUUAUUACAAUCGCCAGAAGGGCGAAGAUAUCUAUCAGACAACAAGCUGUUGAGGCAGCUUGCCGAAUGCCUUGCUCAAUGCGAUCCUACUAGUGGUUUAACAGCGCAGAAACCCAUGUUUUCUAGGGACUAUUUAACCGACUAUCUGUGUGGUGGCUACUUCCCUAUGCUGGGCGUUCUCACAGGUGAUCCGAAGGGGUUGCAAAUGCUUGAACGGUGGCGAAUAUUCAAUAUGAUAUAUCACAUCAUUGAUUUCAACCAGCGCCCUGAUCUCAUCAAGUUGAUACUAGCAAACUUCGACUAUAGCUUACAAGGUCAUCCUCGUGUACUGCUGUCCAAGGCGCUGACAGCGGGUACUAAAGAGAUACGCAUUCAUGCGACUAAUGCUCUACGGAUGUAUGCCACGGGCCAACGGGUCUCGUCGUCGGGGCAGAUUGUCUCUGAUGCGAAGUGGGCGAUCCAGCUUCUUGUAACUCAGCUAUAUGACCCCGAAAUCGAGGUUUGCGCGACUGCUGUGAAGAUCCUGGAGAAAGCAUGCAAUACCAAACACUUGCUUGAGUAUAUUGUGGAGUGUAGGCCAGCUUUGGACCAUCUAGGGGAGAUAGGAGCCCCCUUGCUUCUCCGAUUUUUGUCGACAUCUAUCGGAUAUCACUACCUCGACGGACUUGACUAUAUCAGCAACGAAAUGGAUGAUUGGUUCUUGGGCCGAAACGACAAUUACGUCAGUCUUAUAGAAGCGAGCUUAGCACGUUCGUUUGUGGAUCAGCCGGACGAUCACACCGGCCGCCUAAGUUUAUAUGAGGACGAAUUUGAUGUGGAUCAUGACAACCAUAUCCCUCCUCACUUUUAUCGCGAACUGACGCGGACCAAGGAAGGUUGCAGAUUACUGGAGGACAAGGGACAUUUCGAGGAGUUCUCGACGACUAUUCGCGAGUAUGGCAUGCAAUCAGAUGACUCUGAGACAAUGACCAAGGUCAAAGGUUGCAUGUGGGCAGUUGGCAAUGUGGGCUCUAUGGAGCUUGGGGCACCGUUCCUAGAGUCUACCGACGUUGUGGAGCACAUUGUCAAAAUCGCCGAGUCACACGAGGUGAUGAGCUUGAGAGGCACCGCGUUCUUCGUACUCGGGUUGAUCUCACGAUCUGUGCACGGACUCGAGAUACUCUCCGAGUUAGGGUGGGAUUCUAAUACCACACCAUUAGGGACGUCGCUUGGUUUCUGCUUGCCGACAGACCUUUCGAGGUUUUUCUCAUUCCAACCCUGGAAACAUGAGACAGCGGCAUCAGUGGCGCUUCCAGACACACAGAAGACAAUUAUCGAAGCGCCACCAGCCGUGAUGAAAGAUUCAGAUGAAACGAACCAGCGAAUCCUGGAAAUAAUGGUUGAGUUUGGCGACAUGGUUCUAUACAAGAGAGCCAAACUUGAACUCAUCCAACUCAGGCACAAAAAAGUACCCGGGUUUCGCCAGCCCAAACUCUUUAGGCAGGUGCUGUCUCUUCUUGAAAACCAUCACUACCGGCUUAGCGACCGACACAUGGCGAUAGAGAUGUUUGAUAAGAGCGUCUUGAGACAUAUCGUUUACGGCGAUGAUAGUGGAGACGAAGUAGAAAGCAGUUCUGGGGACGAGGGGCGGACAGAGCGUCAGAGGAGCAUCAGUGACCCGGCGGAUCUGGAGCCGACUAGAGUAUUGACAGGGUCUCGAAAGCUCAUGGGAACACAGAAGUUCUCCAUCUAAAAAGGGUUCACGAAGUCUUGGAUAGUCUGCAUGGGCGAGGCCGAGUAAACAACAUACUUGCAUAUAGCGCGGGAGAUACACGGCAUUUUACGGAGACAGACAAGGGCGUUCGAAGGUCGACAUUACAUAUGUAUACUACUGCUAUAUCAGAGGACAUGGAUGUGAGGAGUCCUGGGUGGUUUCAGGUG